AUGGGGUUCUUUUUGACUGAGGGAUUCCUGAGCGUGAACACCGUGCUGCCCCAAUGCACCCUACGAUUAGAAAGUCUGUUUACUGUUUCCCCUUCAUUUCUCUUCGCUAUGCUUCUAUCGUCUAUAAUAUCAAUUCAGCAACACAAUUAUCAGUCUACAGCUGUAACUUCUAGUAGCAACGCUCUCGAGAUGGAUCCUUCUCCUGCCCCGCAAAACCCGGAUUUCAUCUUAAACAUCAAUUCAGGCUUUCGCAACUUUGAUCCCACACGGAAUAGAGACCGCCGUUAUCUACCUUUUGAAAUUUCCUGCGAUAUGUCCGAUCAUAAUGGUAACAUCGGCAUCAUGGAGGGCCACCUAGUUAAUCGCGAACUUGCAGUACAAGCGGGGUUUGGAAGAACGAUGGAAGAAGUAGAUACUGAAUGCAGCUUAACAAUGGCGAGCAUGAUAUUUGAUGAAUAUGGUCAACUGCAACAAAAGUGGUUCUUAGGGACUCGUAAGGGAUCGGGCACUUGGGAUGCUCGUAUAAACAUUGGCAACUUUUUUAUGAUUGAUUCAGUGGAAGUUAGAGAACGAUAUCGUCGCAGAGGCUUUGCAAGAUAUUUGGUUUCUGAAUUGCUAUACCAGAUGAGAGCCUUCAGACUCAACGUCUCAUACGUUUUCACAUACGUAGGAGAACUCCAAGGAGCAGCGAGAAUAGAUGCGAUUGCAUUUUGGAGAGCAAUGGGUUUCAAAAGAAUUGGAUUGUCCCACGCAUUCUGUUUUGCAAUGUCAAUGGACGACAAAUCGAAGAUGCCCGACGCGGAAAUAGAGGACGCAGAAAGAGAUAUAUAUGAUUCCGAAGCUUCAUAUUCCACAGAACCUGAGUUUCCUUCAGCAGAGGAAAGUCUUGAAGAUGAAUCAUCGCCCCAGUCGCUUACAUCUGGAGAAUUGAACGAGCCGGACGAGCCCCAACUGCCACCCUCUGAUGACGACAAUGCAUCGGAAAAUUCCAACAGCCCAAGUCCACCCGUCGAUGAGGAGGCUCCAUUGGCGGAGUUCUUCAGCCCAAGUGAUUAA